CCUCUCAAACGGAGAAAAGAAAAAAAGGAAUUUGGUAAAACCGAAAUCAGACUGUUAUUUGGGUUUGGUUUUCUCCCUUUUCUCGUUUUUGAAAUCAGAAACCAAAAACGGAAAUACGGGUCAGGGUAUGUUUUCCAUUUAUUCGUGUUUGAAUUGAAACGAAAAUCGAAAAAAAACAAAAAACACUCUAUUUCCGUUUGUUCGUUUCGUUGUUCAAACGAUGAAACAAAUUAUGAAAGCGUACACGGACCAAGAAGAAGUCAUAUGAUUCAGUUUUCACAAGACAAGCCGAAAGGAUUAUUGUACCAAUGUGAAGUUGUUCAUGCUAACUGUGACAGUGGGUCCAGUAGGUGGCGGUACGAUUAUGUCAAUGGGUACGACGCAUUUACUCUAGUUUGCCAACUGUCGUAACGUAGUGCGGAAGUGGUUAUCCAUCCAUAGCGCUAUCAUCUUUUAUCAAUGUCUUUUAUAUAUAUCAAUGGAUGUCAUAGAUAUAUCUAUGUCAUAGGCAGUAUAUAGAGCGCUAUGAAUGUUUUCAUUUUCGUAUUUAAAUACACGUAUAAGUCGCGUAUUGAGGAAAUAGUUAUUUUAUAAUAGCAGUUACACUCGCAGGCUCGCUGUACGAGUACAAUCGGUGGCAGAGAGGAUUUGACAAGAUAAGUUGUGUAGUAUUUUUGCAGCCAGUAUACUAACGUUACUGUUGUGGAUUUAUAUUUAUGCCGUAGACUCCAGCUCCCACACUCAAUAUUGUGAGAAAUAAAUAGGGUUAUAUAUCUGUACCCCUUUCAUUUUUGCAAGACUUUGUGCCCGUUAUGAUUACAAACAGAUGCUUCUUUACCAGAAUUAUGGCACAAAAGCACAAGUGAGUGGAGAAACUACAGCUAAUGCUAAAUAAUGCUUCGUAUAUCGUCAGUAUGGUUUUGGUUUGGAUCAGAUCGCCCUGGAUUCUGUCUGGGGACAUCUUUAUUGAUAACACUCAUGCUGCUGAUGUAUGCUGUUGGCAUCCAGGCAAGUCUCAGCUUAGGUCCAGGUGGAGACUUCCCAAGGGUCAGAGAUGUGUUCCUGUAUGCUUUCAGUCAUGAUGAGCUGCCCUCUCUGCUGGUUAGUGUUGCUUUCCUGCUGUUGGUUGGGCCGUGUCAGGAGCGUCGCUGGGGAACUGUCGCCUUCCUCGCCCUCUCCAUCCUGACAAUGACCAUAUUACCUCUUCUUUACACCCUGGUCCUCUUUGUCGGUGGGGGUGAGGCGAGUCGGAUCUGUGGUUACUCUGCAAUCCAGCUUGCCCUGUUUGCAGCGCAUUGUCGUCAAGUGGCACAGAGGAGGCUGCUGAGGUGUUUGCCAGUCUGGUUUCUCCCCUGGCUUCUUCUGCUGAUGGGUCUGCUGCUGCUGCCCGGGACCCCUGCCCUGCUUAACUUCUGCACAAUAUUCAUCGGACACAAUUAUCACCAGCCCUUCAUUGGGAUGUUACAGGAGCUGGAGGAGGUCAGGGUCUUGGACUUCAUUCCUGAUUGGCUGUAUGUUCGCACUUCAGCCAGGUUCAGAUUGCCCACCUACACUACCUCACAGAGAUCUAGAUCACUUUCUCAGAUGAUGCCUGAAGAUCAGGCAGCUGCUCCCCCUAUGAGGGAUCCAUCUGUUUUGAACCCCCACCCAUGGGUGGAUCCAGUGCCUGCCUGGAUAAUGAAAGAGUUUGCUGCAAUGUCAGAGGCCGAGGGGUUGGAGGAACAAAUGCUAAGGGCAGGAAUACUGGCAUCAUUACAGGAUGCUCCUGACAACCCUGAUGCUAAAGUGGAGGUGCCCAAAUCAUCAGUUUCCUCUCUGCGACUCCAGCAGCUGGAGAAGAUGGGCUUCCCCACAGAGAAAGCUGUACUGGCGUUAGCGGCCUCAAAACAGCUAGAUGGCGCCAUUUCUCUGCUCAUUGAUGACGGCGUCGGAGAACAGGCGGUGGUGGUAUCGAAAGGGAAGAGCCCUCUGAUGCCGGGGAGUACGUAGACGACCUCACACUCCUGGACAGUUUGCUCUUGUGCAGUAAACUGAACUUACAUUAUGCUUGGGUUUUGCUGAGCUUUAAUAUUAGUUUUUCCCUGUGGGCUACUUGUAGAACUAAUUUAAUGAUGAGAAUUCAUAGGGGGAGGAAGAACUGAGUUGUUCUUUUGCCAUGACUGGGAAUCUAAUCAAGUGUAGAUGCAAACUUGACUGUGUUGGAGACCAUUUUUGUAUCUGCACAUAAAAUGUACAUUGGAGAGAGUGAAUGUAAUUUACUUAUGCUGUAAUCACGUUUAAUGAAUACUGUUGUAACACAAAUAAAUACAGGGGACAUGUUAAAAAACAAA